AUGCCUCAAGCGCAGACCCUCUCCCAAGAUGCACCACCAUUACCAUCCAUAGCUACACCAGCACCCGUCUUAACAGACAAAAAGUCAUGGAACACAAACCGCCUCGCUGCGCGCUUCGGCGCCGAUAUCGUCUCCGCCGCGGCGGCCGGCGCUCUUACAUGCCCCGUUAUCACGGUGAUUGACCGAGCAAUCAUCGAAAAGGCCGCAAAGGGAAUCCCCAUCCGCAGCACAAUAACAUCCGCCACCCGCUCCAUCCUCUCGCACCCGUCAGGCUUCUUCCUCAGCACGCCGUUCCUGCUCAUCUACACGCUAUACACGUCGACGUACCUGACGGCGAAUGCAAUCGAUACCGUCACCUCGACGCUUCGCGAUAAACCGUUCUCGGCGGUUUUUGCGGGGCCGGCGAAGUUCCUUACUACGACCGCGGUGAACAUGGGUAUCUGUGUUUACAAGGAUGCGAGGUUUGCGAGGAUUUUUGGCGCGAAGAGUGCGCCGUCUUCGCAAGGUACGACGACGACAACUGCUUCUGUGGGGUCCACGGUGACUGCGACGAGUACAAGUACGGCGACAGGGCCAGGGACAACACCAGCAUCCUGCCAUCCUUCCGGAACCGGGGCCCUCAAAGUGCCCCGAACCUCCUACGCGCUCUUCUGUAUGCGCGACAGCAUCACCAUCUUCGCGUCAUUCAACGUCCCCUCCCUCAUCGCCCCUUCAAUCCCAGACUCGAUCGCGUCAACGCCUGCGAUGAAAGCUGCGAUCGCGCAGUUCAGCUGUCCUGCGUUGAUGCAAUUUGCCAGUACACCGAUGCAUCUGCUCGGAUUGGAUCUGUAUAACCGCCAGCCGCCUGGUGGGCUAGGGUGGAAGGAGCGCGCGGCAAGGAUAAGGCGAGAUUAUGUGCCUAGCUGUUUUGCACGGAUGGGGAAAAUCGUGCCGGCUUAUGGUGUUGGUGGUGUUGUUAAUGUGAGGUUUAGGGCCGGAUUGAUGGGGUAUCUUGAGGAGUUGGAGGAGGCUGCUGCUCCGGCUGCUGCUAAGCUUUGA